AUGGUUCCCAAGUAUUGUGUGGGGGAUGAACGAGGAGGGGAAGGGGUCCUUCGGGUGGUCGAAGGAAGGCUGGAGGGAGAGGAUGAUUUGUGGGAUGAGGGAAGCGAGAGUAGCGGGGAUUCCGACUUCGAGACGGAUGAGAACGAUGGCGAUGCUAGCGAAAGUGACGAGACGGAUGCAGAAAGUGACGGGACGGAAGCAGAAAGUGACGAGACGGAUGGAGAAAGUGACGGGACGGAAGCAGAAAGUGACGAGACGGAUGCAGAAAGUGACGAGACGGAUGCAGAAAGUGACGAGACGGAUGCAGAAAGUGACGAGACGGAUGCAGAGCGUAGUGAAACGGCGGGAGACAGUGACGAAGAAACAGAAGAUAAAGAUGUUAAAGCAAAAGGUGAAGGAACAGUAGAUGGAAGUAAAAAAGCUGGAAAUAAGAUUGUCGAAGCAAUGGAAAGUGGUAAAGAAAACGGAAGUGAAAGUGGCGUAGAAAAGGAAGACGAAACGGACGGACAAAGUGAAAAUGAAAGUACCACGAAAAACGAAACUGAAAGUGACGCGAAAGAGGAAGCGGGAAGUGACGUAGAGACGGCAGAGGAAACCGACUUUGCAAUUUACGAAACCACGGAUUCUGAAAGCACCGAGGAAUCCGACUUCGAAGGUGAAGAAAGUGACGGAGAAAUAAAAAUGUGA